UGUGUGACUAAAAGGCCACGUUUUACCUGAGGUUUAGCUACUGAGAAUAUGGCCUCAUUUUUCAUAGGAGAAUGAUGGUCUUAAGGAAAUAAUAGUUUUUAAAGGUUUAUUUAUGUACCUAAGAAAUGGUAUUGGUCAACUCUACAAUUAACAGCAGAUAAUUGGCACCUAAAGUGUCUGUGCCAUAUUAUUCUAUUCUGGUGGAAACGCUUCUGUGAUUUGGAAACAAAGAAACUCUUGAGUGCACUUUCAUCAUGCUGAAGACAACAAUCCAUGCCUAGUCCGUGGGGGGCACAGCUUGGUGAGCUGAUGCUCUUUGUUCUGGUCACCCAGGCAGCAAUCAAACCAGCAAUGCCUCCCGUGAUCAAGGACCAACCUUUCAACAUUUUCUGGGCUGCUCCUACCUUCUUCUGUAAGGAUCAUUUCGAUGUAAGUAUGAAUCUUCAAGCAUUUGACAUCAUUCCAAAUCCUUUAGAAACCAAGAGUGGAACCACGAUUGCCAUAUUUUAUCCGGAUGAACUCGGAUAUUAUCCUUACUUCUCUGAAGAUGGAAAAUCCUUCUACGGCGGAAUACCUCAGAAAGGGAACCUCUCUGAGCACCUGAAGAAAAGCGCCAGUGACAUUGCAGAUGCUGUCACUUGGUGGAGAGCAGAAGGACUUGCUGUGAUUGACUGGGAAGGCUGGAAACCCCAGUGGGACAGGAAUUGGGGCAGCAGGGAAAUAUAUAAAAAUCAAUCGUUAGCUUUCACUCGACACCACCAUCCUGAGUGGUCAGAAGCAAAAGUGAGAACAGUUGCGCAACAGGAAUUUGAAAAUGCUGGAAGGAGUUUUAUGAACAUUACUCUCACGUUAGCUUUAGAAAUGAGACCAAAACGUUUAUGGGGCUUUUAUCUCUACCCAGACUGCUACAAUUAUGAUUACCGGAUAAAUCCAGAGUUCUACACAGGUCGUUGCCCAGAUGAUGAGAUUUUCCACAAUGAUCAACUCUUAUGGCUGUGGGAAAAAAGCACAGCACUUUAUUCUUCAAUAUAUUUGAGUAAAAUAUUAAAAUCGAACUUAAAUGCACUGAAAUUUGUUCAUUUUCGAGUGAGAGAAGCCCUGAGAGUUGCUGAAAUGUCUAGAAAGGACUAUGCUUUGCCAGUUUUUGUUUUUUCCAGACCAUUUUAUUUGCAGAGUACUGAAGCUCUGUCAGAGGAGGACUUAGUGCAUACGAUCGGAGAAAGUGCUGCCCUGGGGGCAGCAGGGUUAAUAUUGUGGGGAGGAUACGAGUAUACUGAUUCAAAGGAGACCUGCUUAUCUGUGCAAGAAACUAUUCAAGGGCUAUUGGGCCCCUAUGCUUUCAAUGUAACAUCUGCAGCAAAGCUCUGCAGUCAAAGUCUAUGUAACAGUCAUGGUCGAUGUGUUCGAAAGACAGCUGAAUCCUCCUUUUAUCUGCAUAUGCCUGAAGAUAGCCACAAGAAUUAUGUCAUAAACAAGGGUUUCAAAUUUGUCACUUCUGCAAGCAGUAAGCUGAAGACAAUAAUGAAUAUGAAGAAUGGAUUUGUCUGUCACUGUUACUAUGGCUGGUACGGAGAGUCCUGUAGAUCUCACUUUCCAAAUAUCUUGAGUCGGAAGAAUAAGGCUCCUGUAACUGCAUUUAAUUUAGUAGUUUUGCUUGGCAUGAAUUUAUGUGUGAUUCUGACGAAUUUUUUUCUUAUUCCCUAUUACAAUGUCAAUUUUUCUUAAAAUACUAAAGAGAAGAAAAUGUUAUUUUUCUUUUAUUUCAACUCUUUUGUAAACAAUUUUCAGUUUUAAAUUCUAUGCAAAUUGUUUGUUGGAUGUUCAUUUUGUGUUGGACAACAGGAAUAGACCUGUUCUCAUGGAGCUUAGAAAUUUAAUUAAGGAUAAAUAAGCAGUAAAUAGACACACUUAUAUGAUGGUGGUAGUACUUCAUAGAAUAAAGAGAAAACAGGUUUAAGGAAUUAGGAAGGAUUAGAGAGCACUGGGAAUUGUAUAUAAGGUAGUCAUGAAGACAAGCCAGCAGAAGAAACAGGUCAACACUAUCGGGGAUCCAGACAUAAUGGUUUCCUCCUGUAACCAGAGCACCUGGAAGGCAGAGGUAGAAUAUAACUUAAAGGCCAGCUUGGCUUGUAUAGUGAAUUAACAGCCAGUCAAGAUAUCAUAGUGGGGGUUUGUCUCAAAAAAAGGAAAAUAAAACUACAAGAGGGAAAAUCCAAAAGAAUGUGUCUGGGAAGAGUGUUCUUGAAAUAAGGAAAAGCAAACCCAGAGGAAACAACUCUUUGUAUCCCAGGGAUUGUGAACUUUGAAAUAAUGAGCAAUACAAAACAAACAACCACCAGCACCACCAGCCCAGGAUACUAACCUAUGCAGAUGAACAAACUCUUUAAAUGUGUGUAAUGGGGACUCACUUUACCCACAGUACCAUGGGUAUUCAUUUGCCUCAUCAAUAUCAAAAGAUGAACCCUGCUAGCUUCCUUCACAAUAAAAUGUAUAUGGGACUUUC